AUGCCGUCGGGAAUGGAAGACAAGCAAAGAGUCAACAAGCUUGGGCCCCUGCAAUGGUCGGCUGCCAUCAGCAGUGUAAACAAACGCUGCAUGAACCGCAGCGCAGGUGGUGGUGCGGCAUUCCACGGAAUAUCAUCGAGGGAUCGGUAUUUCCGCCUGACUUGGCCAACCACGAUGGCCCCUUGCCCGAUCAUUUAG